GAACGUUCAUCUCCAACGCGGCGGACAACUCGACCAUGGCAGUCUCUCGCCCCGUUGAGAUCAUGCGCAUCCUUAAUUCCCUCGAUAACAUCCUCCCCUCCCGUAAAGCACGGGCUGAAGAGAGACUCACGACACUCUUGACACUCAAAGACACCUUUCAAGAGCUGCAGGUCGAUCCCUUUGUGCUGAACGAACACCAGCGCCAGAGCAAGGAUCCCCGAGUAGUCGGUGCGAUGACUGCCAUCCGAGCCAUUACCCGUGUCGUCGCCUACACAGACGGCGAACCCGAGAACCAAGCCCUCUUUGACGCCACAAUGCACUGCACGCGUCGUUUGUGGCUCUCACUCGUUCGCUGGCUCGACUUCAUCCAUCCCAAGCAGCAAUUCAUCCCCUUCAACAUGCAGGUCGCAGAGGUCCUCGCGUGCGCCUAUGACUCGCUCUACGCCGUGAAACGCUCCUCCUUCGACCUGAUCGAGCAGACGCCACAGGUCUUCAGCUUGCUCUUCGAUCUUUGGCUACACUUCCCCGAGUAUACCAACACCACCGUUCACUUUGACUCUCAGGCUUUGGUUAUCUUUGAGUCCAUCGCGGAGGCCAUUGCGAAGCUCACCUACUAUCCUGACGUCGCGACUUUCCAGGCGCACUCCCCAGCGAUCAGAGAGGCGAUGCUAAUGACCCGAAUGCUCCCAAGCCAUUUCUACAGAUGUGCUGUCAGGAACCUGCAGUACUGCAAAGACGCUGAGGGCGUGCUGGAACCCGACAUGUGCUCAAGUCAAUUUCGGGCGCUCAAUUAUCUGGCCCAGUCUACCAUGCCCAUACCGCUGCACUCUCGCGAAACCAUCCACCUGCUCGUGCAGUUGCUCCGCGAAGCGAACCUGGGCACGGAUGAAUCGACGAAGCUCCCUGGUGCAUAUGCCUGCCUGUUGCUGCACAAGAUCUGGUCUACAGCGGAAGACGAUCGCUCGCUCGUCUGGGCGCUGAGGAUGGGUGUCCUGCCGCUCAUGAUGAAGCUGAGCGCUGGCGGACAGACCACAGCUGGGCUCAGUGCUCUCAGUGCAUACAUCUUCAAGCGUUCCGUUUUCUUGCCUGUCGCCCGUGUCCUCGGAGAGAUCCACCCUGCUAUCACCCCCGAGUUCACCUUCAGCCACGUAAAGAUCUGUACCGAUCUCUCGUUAGACGCACAGUACCUCGAGCGACUGGCCAUCAUGAAGACGCUGGACCCAGAAAGCAAAUGUGGCAAUGACGAGUGUCCGCACGCUCAUCCAGCAGGUGAUACAGAGCAGCUGAAGAACUGCCGCUGUUUCCGUAUCAAGUAUUGCUCGCCGGCCUGCCAGAAAGUCCACUGGCCGGCACAUAGAAAGAUCUGCGACCGCGCUCUUCCUCGUUUCACGCUUGACGAAGAGUCCAGCGAGCUUUCACCCAUCGAGAUCCAGUACGCCUCAAGACUGGCCUUCAACUACCUCCUUCGCGCCGGCCCCGUCAUCCUCCCCGUGAUCGACAAGUAUGCUGCGAAGCUCGCCGACUCGUCGGAAAAGAAGCUCUACAUCGUCACGGUCGACUUUCUCGACCAAGCCGUACCGGUACACAGUGUCAACGUGCGUCCGUCAGAGCUCGCUCCGGACCUCUCUAUGGCAUCAGAAUCGGCUGUACAAGUGGUGGUUGAGCUGGGGCCGAUCAGGGGCGGGUUCGCGACGAUAUGUAUGGAGAAGCACGUCCCAGUGAGCAAGUUCCGACAGCUUUUUGGGUCGAAAUAGGGUAGCGGAGGUGGUCGUGUACGUCGUCCAAUGAUAUAUCAAUCUAAACAAUCUCCCUUGCGAGUACGGGGAGGACCCAGCGGCUCC